ACAAGCUCACAACACCAAGCUUCCAACACCGCCAUUCCCUCCUCGCACACCAAGCUCGCGCACAUUGGUGUCCUCUCUCCCUCUUGUUCACUUCCAGCUCCACCCUCACCCUCUUCCUCCAAAGACCCAAGCUCAAGCCCCACCUGUUCUUCUUCCAGCCGAUCCCAUCCCAACCAUGGCAUCCUUGGCCCUCAUGCUCAUGCUCACCCUCACCCUCAUGCUACUGCAUGCUCCUUUACCUGCGGUAUGCGACGACCAAGGUGCAGGCCUCUCUCCAAGCCAUCGCACAUACAUUGUGAUGCUGAGGCCACCCGUCGAAGCGGGCAGCGAGGACGACCACCGCUGGUGGCAGGAUUCCUUCCUGCCAACGCCUCUCGCCGGCUCCGAUGAGCCACGCCUCAUCCAUACCUACACCAAGGUCUUCACGGGGUUUGCCAUGAGGCUCACCGAAGACGACCUCGCCAUGGUGUCCCAGAGGAAAGAGUUUGUGCGGGCGUUUCCAGACCAUCUCUGGCACCCCAGCACCACUCACACUCCGAAGUUCCUCGGACUGGAGAAAGAUGCCGGGCUGUGGAGGGACACCAACUAUGGCCAAGGAGUCAUAAUCGGGGUCCUAGACACCAGCAUAUAUUCAGAGCAUCCUUCCUUUGAUGACAGUGGUAUCCCGCCACCCCCAUCAAAGUGGAAGGGCUCAUGCUAUGGCGCUGCACGCUGCAGUAACAAGUUGAUAGGUGCCAAAUUCCAUAAUUUCAAUGCAAAUGAUUCCAGAGAUGACACAGGGCAUGGAACACAUACCUCGUCCACCGCAGCUGGGAACUUCGUCAGUGGUGCCUCGGUCCAUGGCCUCGGCAGGGGCACAGCGGCCGGUAUUGCUCCAGGUGCGCACUUGGCCAUGUACAGGGUGUGCACGGUUCUGGGGUGUGCAGCCUCGGAUAUACUUGCUGGGUUUGACGAAGCUGUCAAGGAUGGGGUCGAUGUGCUCUCGAUCUCCCUCGAACCUGUUUACGAUGUCAGCUUCACUGAAGACCCAGUCUCUAUUGGCGCACUCAAUGCGGUAGCCAAGGGCAUUGUUGUAGUGGCUGCAGCUGGUAACAAUGGACCCAUGUCAUUUGUUGCCAAUUCUGCACCAUGGUUGCUUACAGUCGCAGCUGGCUCGGUGGACCGAAGCUUUGAGACUAUUGUGCAGCUUGGGAACGGCAACCACAUCAAUGGGGAAGCUCUUAACCAGACUUCUAACUCAAGCUCCAUGUCAUUCCCUUUGUAUGUGGACAAACACUGCAAGUCGUCAGCUGGAAGAAAUGUGGCCGGCAAAAUUGUAAUUUGCCAUAACACAGGAACAGUGAGUGACAAAGGCUCUUCACUAAACCAGUCUGACAUCAGUGGCAUCAUGAGUGCCGGGGCGGCUGGCGUAGUACUGGUCAACAGCAAAGAUGCUGGCUUCACCACCCUUCUGGAGGACUAUGGCAAUGUUGUGCAGGUGACCGUGGCUGAUGGCAACAAUAUCACAGAGUAUGUGAGGACAACAAGCAAACCCAGUGCCAAAGUCAUCUAGAAAAACACUGUGCUUGGUGUCCGGCCAUCUCCCACUGUCGCGGCAUUUUCAUCCCGUGGCCCUAGAAGUUUAAGCCCUGGCGUGCUAAAGCCAGAUAUAUUAGCACCUGGGCUCAACAUCCUUGCUGCAUGGCCACCACUCACCAUGUUUGGUUCUGGGCCAUUCAAUAUUAUAUCUGUCCGCCUAGAGCUCAGCUUGGCGAUUCGUCGAGCGGAUCUCUGAAUUCGUCGGAUGUGAAUAGCGCUUCACUUCCGACGGCCUCCUCCCCUAUCCCUACAGACGGCGCGGAGGUGGAGUCCCGUAGGGGACAAAAUCAGGAGGAGGUGGUCCUAGAAGCGCCACAAGGCGACCUUCCGGACUCCCAACCCAAAGGGGGUAAAACCCCGGAGGGAUCUAAGUC